CCCGGCGGGCCGCGCGGCGGCCGGAUGAAGGGCGCGAUGGAGCGGGAUCCGGAGCCGGAUCCUGAGGUGCUGCUGCAGGAAGCCCGCGAGAACGUGGAGGCGGCGCAGAGCUACCGGCGCGAGCUGGGCCAGCGGCUGCAGGGGCUGCGGGAGGCGCAGAGGCAGAUAAAGGAGAGUGCUUCGCAGACAAGAGAUGUCCUCAAGCAGCAUUUUAGUGAUUUAAAAGGGACCCUUGGGAAGCUGUUGGAUGAGCGGUUGGUGACGCUUUUGCAAGAGGUGGACACCAUUGAACAGGAGACCAUUAAACCACUGGAUGACUGCCAGAAGCUCAUCGAGCAUGGCGUCAGCACUGCGGAUGACCUGGUCCGAGAAGGUGAGAUGGCCAUUCUUGCUGGUACAGAAGUGCAGAGUGAUAAACUGUGGAGCUUUACCAAAAAGGCCUCACACAUUCAGCUGGACAGCUUGCCAGAAGUGCCUUUGCUAGUGGAUGUGCCCUGUUUGUCAGCUCAGCUGGACGACUCCAUUCUCAACAUAGUGAAAGACCACAUUUUUAAGCAUGGAACAGUAACUUCCCGCCCUCCGGUACAGAUUGAAGAAUUAAUAGAGAAACCUGGAGGCAUCAUAGUGCGCUGGUGUAAGGUGGACGAUGACUUUACGGCCCAAGAUUACAGGCUCCAGUUUCGUAAAUGUACUGCAAAUCAUUUUGAAGACGUGUAUGUAGGUUCUGAAACUGAAUUCACAGUGUUGCAUAUAGACCCCAAUGUCGAUUAUCAGUUCAGGGUCUGCGCCCGAGGAGACGGCCGGCAAGAGUGGAGUCCUUGGAGCGUUCCCCAGACGGGUCAUUCCACACUGGUGCCUCAUGAGUGGACAACUGGCUUUGAGGGCUACAGUCUGAGCAGCCGAAGAAAUAUAGCUCUCCGGAAUGAUGCUGAGUCCGCGGGUGUUCUGUACUCCAGUGCUCCCACCUACUUCUGCGGGCAGACGCUAACAUUCAGAGUUGAAACGGUAGGACAGCCAGACCGGAGAGACAGUAUAGGAGUGUGCGCCCAGAAACAGAACGGCUGUGACUCCCUGCAGCGGGACCAGGCUGUGUGCAUCAGCACCAACGGUGCGGUUUACGUCAAUGGAAAAGAAAUGACUAACCAGCUGCCUGCAGUCACCUCCGGAUCCACUGUAACUUUUGACAUCGAAGCUGUGACUCUAGGGACGGCCACCAACAGUGAUGGCAGGCUCCGGGUAACCAUCAGCUCUAACAACAGGGAGGUGGUGUUUGACUGGCCGCUGCAGCAGGCCCACGGCUCUCUUUACUUUGGAUGCUCCUUUUCCUACCCUGGAUGGAAAGUGCUGGUGUUUUAGCGUUUUUGAGGGCUUGGCUUUGGUCUGAGGGUUUGCUGUUUCUGUCCUCAGCCUAGUUUAGUUGUAUCUGAGUUUGAAAAGGUGAACUUACCUCUUGGGCCCCCAGAGAUGGAAACUGUUGCUGGGUUUGCAUUGUAAUAUCUCAGUAAGGAGUGAGCUGAAUGGCGGGGGCAAAACUGUAGUUCAGUUGUUGCUUUUAGCAUAAAUAUCAAACUAGCUUUAAACGUCUCCUCUGUUCUUCCUAAAGAUGGUUGUUAGGACAGAGAAAUGUCACAUUAUGAAAUCUUGAUCAAGAUUGAAG